AAGGACGUGAGAAUAAUAAUUCUUUAUUGUGAUAUAACGAUAAGUAAAACUGUUAUAAAGCAAGCUGAACGCAUGAACAUGUUUCGUUCUGGAUGGACCUGGCUCGUCAUGGAUAGCAUUACAUCGUUCAGUCUUAAAUACUUAUCGGACGAUGACGGAUAUAUACCAUCUUCUUUAGUCGGAUUAAUAGGAACAGCAUUUGUAGUUCCUGAUACCAUUUUGUAUUUAAAAUUAAUGAAUCAAUUAAAAGCGAAUAAUUUGGAAAAUCAUAUAGAAAAUCAGCAAGCUAUCACUCGUGUGUAUGAUGCAGUGUUAGCAAUUGCCAACGGACUUCACAAAAUUCUUUACGAAGAGAAAGUAUCUUUCGAACUUCCUACUUUCCAAAAAGGAAGUUGCGCAGAUUCUGUCAAUGAGUGAAAAUGGGGUAGAAAUUUGUUGAAAAGUAUUCUCAAUUUGAACAACGUUAAUGGAAGUUUAGGGCCUAUAAAGUUCACGAAAUUUGGUUACCAUCAUCUCACCAGUUUUGACAUCGAAAAUCUUCAAACGAGAGGUUUCGUUAAAGUAGGAAAAUGGUUAGAAAACGAAAAACACUUGACAAUUAAUUCAGAAAUCAUAUUUCCUGGGCAAGCCAUAAAACCUCCUGAUGAAUCUCAUGGCAGUCUUCACGGAAAAACACUUAAUAUUGGAAUAAUUAUAGUAAGAUUAAUAAGAUUUUCAUUAACAUCAUAAUUAUAUUAUCUUAUUUCAUAAUAAAUAUGCUAGGCUGAAAGA